GACUACAUCUCAGAGUUUAAGUUUAAGAGUGUGGUCGCUCAGGACCUGAUUGAUUACUUCCUGCAUUACUUCCCACAUCUGCAGGAUGCUGCUGUCACUCAGAGAGAAGGUCUAGAGUUUGAGCGCUGGCUGAGUGGCUGUGGACCACCACCGUUUGAGCCAGACCUGUCUGCAGGGAGCACUCUGAUCGGGCCAGUCCAGGAUCUAUGCAACCUGUGGAGGGGUGCCAACCCCCCUGACCAGCAGUCUCUCAGCCCCUAUGACCUGUCUACCUGGAGCACCUUCCAGGUAGUUCUGUUCCUGGACCGUAUGUUGGACCACUCUCCACUACCUAAUG